GCUGGCCGUUUUUUUCCCGAAGCCCGGCACUCCUGCCCCACUCAGUCCCCCCCCGUUGCACUCCUGCUCCUCCCUAGACUCCAACACCCUGCCCCCGGUCGAUCACCUCCGCUUCCGCCAGCGCCGCACUUGCCCACCCCACGCAGCAAGCACUUCGUCUUCUUCGAACAUACACACGUCCGCUAUUGUGUUGACAUAGCAUUACGUCAUGAAGACCAUUCAGCAACAGGUUGGUGGACGCCCGCUCAGCGCGGUAACGCCGGAGAAGUUCAUGGACGUCCCGAGCAGCCAGGCCACGGUAGAUGACGAGGGCGGGCAGCAGCUACGGGAAGCAGGAGGAGCAGCAAUGCCCCCUGAUUUGACCAUGAAGUGUAUAGUAGAGGCUUGGAACGUGCUUCCAGCCGAGACGAGGAGCGAGCUUAAGCGUCUCCUGAUCGAGUCCGAGACCAGCAGCGGCGUGCCUGGGGGCGACACCGCCGGAGGAAGUCUCAUAGAGGACGAGGAGUCCUUCCAGCCCCUCAACGGUUACGACUACGCCAAGCCGGAGCCGUUGGCGCGUGCCCCUAAGAACGUGUUCGUUUUCCGGGGCAAGCAGCAGCAAGUGUUGGGGUGGCGCAACGUUUUCGACCUCCCCAUCCAGUACGAUGUGGAGCUGUGCCCUGGCCUGCUGUCGCCGGAGUCGGCGACGCUGUCGAACCGUUUCCGGCCGGAGGACGGGCCUCGCCGCCGCUUCGUCGUUAUCGACGAGGCAGUGUCUAAGGUUUACGGCGCUAGGAUGUCCGCCAACUUCGCCAACCAUGGCGUGGAGGUUCGCUACGUCGUGCUCCCUGGCGAGGAGGCCAACAAGCGCAUGCAAGCCGUGGACACCAUCCUGGAGGAGCUGUGCCGCUUCGGCCUCCGCCGCAGGGAGCCCAUCCUCGCCGUGGGCGGAGGCGUGCUGCUCGACAUUGUGGGCAUGGCCGCCUCGCUGUACCGCCGCGGCGUGCCCUUCGUGCGCGUGCCGACGACGCUGCUGGCUCUCGUGGAUGCCUCCGUGGGCGUAAAGAACGGGGUGGACUAUUGCUCGUGCUCCAUGGGGCCGCAGAAGAACCGCGUCGGAACGUUCUACGCGCCGGUCGGGGCCUUUCUCGACAAGUCCUUCAUCGCCACCCAGGAUGAGCGCAACAUCAUUAACGGCCUCGGAGAGAUCAUGAAGCUGGCGCUGGUGCGGUCCACGGAGCUGUUCUCGCUCCUCGAGCUGCACGGGGCCCGCCUCGUGCGCGACCGCUUUCAGGGAGCGGAUGGCGUGUCGGACCGCGUGAUCGAGCUGUCGGUGCAGAUCAUGCUCGAGGAGCUGGGCCCCAAUCUGUGGGAGCACAAGCUGGAGCGUUGCGUGGACUACGGGCACACGUUCAGCAAGAUAAUCGAGAUGGAGCCCGCGGCUGACAUCAUGCACGGAGAGGCCGUCAACGUGGACGGCUUCCUGUGCCUCGUCAUCGCCAAGCGGCGCGGCAUGAUUACCGAGGCGGUGCUCGACCGGGUGUUCCGCGUGAUGAAGAGCAUCGGCCUGCCGACCAUCCACGAGAGCGUGCAGCUCGCGCCGAUGGUCAAGGGUCUCGCGGACGCCGUCGAACACCGCCACGGCAAGCAGCGCGUGCCGCUCCUCAAGGGUGGUAUCGGCUCUUCUGUGUGCGUUAACGACAUCAACCCUGACGAGCUCAAGGGGGCCAUCGCCGAGGCCUGGGCCCUGCAUGGCGACAACGAGGACGCCAAGCCUUAAGUGGUGUGAGGCGUUCUUGGCGAAGCAUGUGUGCAUGCGUUUGUUUGUUCCUCCGUGGGGACGAGCUUGUUUGAGAGAGCAAGGUGUGUGUAGACAAGAAUGUGGGUGGGGGGCAUGCAAUGCGUCCGCUUGUUCCUCGGUGGGGACGGGCUUUUUGAGAGAGCAAGGUGUGUAGACAAGAGAGUGGAUGGAGAGUUUUGGCGAGUGUUUUGAAAAACGGGGGUUGGUUGUUGGUGGGGUAUGUGCAAAUGGGAAAGGGUCCUGAGCUUGAGCGCUUGAGGAGCGAGCGACUAGGCGGAGCGAGUGGUUGUAUCAAGGGUUCGCUACACUCGCGGUGCCAACGGUAGGGCUUGCGUGUUGGGGGUUGAACUCCUAUGAGCAAACAACGGGGAGACGGAGGUUAUCGCACCCUCGUUUGUUGUGUCGGCUUUUCUUCGUCGCUCGUCUGGUUGUGCUGUUGAGGUUGAGUGUCUGUUGUUGGUAAUGAGCGUUGGCGCCCACGACGGGAGGCGUGCGGUUGGCGAGUAACCCGGCGAUUGGGUGUCUUGGCGGUGAAGCAGCACUUUAUCGAGAGUCGUGUUCAUUCAUCGAGCGUGUACGCUGGCGUCUAAGACCAUACCUUGCUUUACUUGCACAGAGGUAGGCGCCAGUAUUGUAUACCGGCUGCGGGUGGAAUUUGCGGAAAAUUGGUGGGCAUGGCAUUGAUAGAGAUCUCACCGCGCGAAAGCUUGUUUUUUGAAAAAUUUUGGGGGUUUUCGAGGAUUUUUGAAGAUUUUGGUUCUUGGUUGUGGAUGGAGGGCCCUCCAAGCAAGAAAAAGAGUGGUAGAGACAAAGAGCCGGUGCUGCCCGGCGCUGCAGCAGCCAGUAUACAGGAGAACAAGAGAGUUAUGGCAGGUGGACUGGAGGGGGCCCUCCGAUUUGUCGUGGGCGUUGCCCUGCGCAGACCAUGAGCGACAAAGCUAGUCGGUUGAGCUCGGUUGAACUUGCGUGUUGUGAUAGACUUGAGCAGGCCAUCGCGGAGGCUUUGCCGCUGGUUUGCCGAGUGCCACGCACGAGCGAACUAGUCAAAGAGCCUGCGUGUUGUCAUUAGACUGAUGCCCAGUGCGGGAAGAGCUCAUUGGUUGACUCUCCGUCGUGGUAGGCAGUGCAAGUGUUGUGGGUAGUCCGUUGCUGGCCAUGUUCGAGAUCUCGGCUGGAAAACCACUCAGCCCAGCUCUGUGGACUUGACGGCGGAAGUCCGUUUCCUUUUGGUAAAGGUUCCGUUGUGUAUUGUAUUGCUUCUGCCCGUCGUUGAUGCGACUGCAUUAGUCGAGGAGGGUCGGCCGAGACGACGGGUAGCUUGCUCGGGGGUUCGGCUCCUCUCAUGGUGCCUGCAAAAAAUUACGCCCCGCACUUGUGAGCGGGCGCAAUGGCCGAAUUUGGUGAUGAUGUGGUCAAGUCUCUGCGCGAAGGGUACUUGGCAACGUUCUCAAAGAAAGUUUUUGGUCCAUUAUCAAUGUUCCCCGCCGCCGACCCUCCUUGGCUCGGUGCGUGGUGUGGCGAAAGGCGCCGCGGAAACCGGCCGAGACAAAACCGGUAUCGAGGCUGCGGGAGGCUCGAUCGCGAAACGAUGGCCA